AUGGUGGCAUACACAGGCAGCCUCUCUGUGAUGUGCGUUAACGGAACAUGGACCACAUUGACACUGAAAUGCGAAAAGAAAUCAUGUGGUAAUGCUGGUGAUUUGACAAAUGGAAGGUUUCACUAUGAAGGGCUUGCUGUCAUUGGGGAAAGAGUCUACGCUAUAUGCAAUGAUGGUUACAUUUUAAAAGGACCUAAGUACAUGACUUGUAAGAAGGCUGGUUGGACUGGUGGAUUCCCUACAUGUGAAGAGGCUGGUACCACCUGCUCCACUCCAGAAGUGGCCAACUCAGUGAGGAUUAGUGAGGAAGAUGUUUCAAUACACCAGGCAGGAGAGAAGGUGACAAUUACCUGCAUUCCAAAUUUCCUGCUAGUUGGCCCUCAGCAGGUCACCUGCGGCCCCUCGGGCCGCUGGGAGCCCAAACUCCCUUACUGUCAGACUUCACCUGCUCGUCAAGGUGGCUGUAGCGUUCCAGCAACUUUGUAUGAGACUCACGCCAACCUCGCCGAAGAGUUCAUCACCAAAACGAUUUUUGGCCCUGGAGAGCGAGUCCGCUACACUUGUGACGUCGGCUACAGCCCAGUAGGUGGCAGCAGAUACCGGCGGUGUAACAGUGGACAAUGGACACCGCUUCUGCUCAAGUGUGAACGAAAGCUGUGUGGCUCUGCUGGGGAGAUUCGAAAUGGACGCUUCAUGUAUACUGGCGUAGAGUUUGGAGACACUGCCACAGCUCAGUGCAACGAAGGGUUUCAUCUUGUUGGUCGUCCAACCAGGACUUGUAGGAGUUUUGGCUGGGAUGGUCAUGCUCCCGUUUGUCAAGUUGUGGAAUGUGAAGAACCUCCUGAGGUGGCCAACGCAGUACCAAAUGGCAGAGAAGAGGCUCCGUACAAGUACAUGAGUGUAAUUGUGUACGAGUGUCACGUGGGGACCGUCCAGGGGAACAAUGCCAUUUGGUGCACAGAGGACGGCACAUGGAGCACACCUCCUACAUGUAAAGAAAUCACAUGUCCAUCUCCAAAAGUGCCCAACGCCUCCUGGACGCGAGCUCACGCCAGACUUUAUCAACACCGGGACGCAAUCACCAUCAGUUGUCGUCACGGUUACACGCUGGUCGGUGCCAGCACAGUCACCUGCGGUGACGACAUGGGCUAG